UCCGGUCCUCUCAAGUCUCAACUGACCACGCUCACCUUCCUUAUUUAAAUCCCAAUUCAAUAUCCUCCAACUUCCAGCACUCAAUUUCCUCUUCCGUCGUAUUUCUCGCCGGACCACCGCCGGAUUCCACUCCCCGACUCCGAGUGAGCCUUCAGGUCCCUUUGACGCUCACCAUGGCUACCGGACAAAUAUUUUCGCGCACGACACAAGCACUAUUCUACAAUUACAAGCAACUUCCCAUUCAACGGAUGCUUGAUUUUGACUUCCUCUGCGGGAGGGAAACACCAUCAGUUGCUGGAAUCAUCAAUCCUGGUUCUGAGGGAUUUCAAAAACUCUUUUUUGGUCAAGAGGAAAUUGCCAUCCCUGUGCAUUCUACGAUUGAAGCAGCGUGUGCAGCACACCCCACUGCUGAUGUUUUCAUCAACUUUGCAUCCUUCAGAAGUGCUGCUGCGUCAUCUAUGGCUGCUUUGAAGCAGCCUACCAUCAGAGUUAUAGCUAUCAUAGCUGAGGGUGUUCCAGAGUCGGACACCAAACAGUUGAUUGCAUAUGCACGGGCAAACAAUAAGGUUGUUAUAGGUCCAGCUACUGUUGGUGGCAUACAAGCUGGAGCAUUUAAAAUUGGUGACACUGCUGGAACAAUUGACAAUAUAAUACAAUGCAAGCUUUACAGACCUGGAUCUGUUGGUUUUGUCUCUAAAUCAGGUGGAAUGUCUAAUGAAAUGUACAAUACUAUUGCCCGUGUUACAGACGGAAUUUAUGAAGGUAUUGCAAUCGGAGGGGAUGUGUUUCCGGGUUCGACUCUUUCUGAUCACAUUUUGCGGUUUAACAACAUUCCACAGGUUAAAAUGAUGGUCGUGCUUGGAGAACUUGGCGGUCGAGAUGAGUAUUCUUUAGUUGAAGCCCUGAAACAAGGAAAAGUUAACAAACCAGUGGUGGCCUGGGUUAGCGGCACUUGUGCUACAUUGUUUAAAUCUGAAGUUCAAUUUGGUCAUGCUGGAGCAAAAAGUGGUGGUGAGUUGGAGUCUGCACAAGCAAAAAAUAAAGCUUUAAGGGAAGCUGGAGCCAUCGUUCCCACAUCAUAUGAGGCCAUUGAAGCUGCAAUUAAGGAAACAUUUGAAAAAUUGGUUGGAGAUGGGAAAAUUUCUCCAGUAAAGGAAGUGAAGCCUCCACAAAUUCCUGAGGAUCUUAGCUCAGCAAUUAAGAGUGGAAAAGUUCGGGCCCCAACCCACAUUAUUUCCACCAUUUCUGAUGACAGAGGUGAGGAGCCAAGCUACGCUGGAAUACCAAUGUCUUCAAUUGUUGAGCAAGGCUACGGUGUUGGGGAUGUUAUCUCACUAUUAUGGUUCAAACGCAGCCUUCCUCGAUACUGCACCCAUUUCAUUGAGAUAUGUAUCAUGCUCUGUGCGGACCAUGGUCCAUGUGUAUCUGGAGCGCACAACACUAUAGUAACAGCAAGAGCUGGAAAAGACCUCGUGUCCAGCCUAGUCUCAGGUUUGCUUACUAUCGGCCCUCGAUUUGGUGGUGCCAUUGAUGAUGCUGCUCGGUAUUUUAAGGAUGCUUAUGAUAAAGGUCUUACGCCUUACGAGUUUGUCGAAAGCAUGAAAAAGAAAGGAAUUCGUGUGCCAGGAAUUGGUCACAGGAUAAAGAGAGGGGACAACAGAGAUAAGAGAGUGGAGCUGCUGCAGCGGUUUGCAAGAACACAUUUCCCAUCAGUGAAGUACAUGGAAUAUGCUGUGGAGGUUGAAACUUACACUCUUUCAAAGGCAAACAACUUGGUUCUUAACGUAGACGGUGCAAUUGGGUCUCUUUUCUUGGAUCUUCUUGCCGGCAGUGGAAUGUUCAGCAAACAAGAGAUUGAUGAAAUCGUCCAGAUUGGCUACUUGAACGGCCUGUUUGUGCUCGCACGAUCCAUCGGUCUGAUCGGACACACAUUCGAUCAGAAGAGAUUGAAACAGCCACUAUACCGCCACCCUUGGGAAGAUGUUCUCUACACCAAAUGAGGAGCUUCCAGAUAGAAGGAGCAACAGCAAUCAUUUUCAAGAAAUAUCAAUUUUUGUAUAAUUAUUAUUAAUGAGACUGCUAUUUGGCGUUUUUCUUCUUCUUAUUUUAGUUCUUUGUUUUCUUUUUCCUCUACCCAUUUUAGAAAUCGUAUGUGUAAUGCCUCUCUAAAAUUUUCAUGUUUAGUUCAUAAAAAGGAUUGUAGUUCAACUUUAAAAUAAAUUGUUAUUUCUGAUGUA